AUGCAAUUUUUAAAUAAGAUUAAAGAAAAUAUAGACAUUCUUUUCGGUGCAUUCUCUGACAAACAAAGAAAGCAAGAUAAGAUAGAAAAGUGGAAAGAAAUGGCAAUAAUGGCCCAAAGUAUUUGUUUACUUCCCACAGAUAAGGAUUGGACCUAUGUAAGGGAUACAAUGUGGCAGAAUUUGAAUAAAACUGCAAUGCUUAAAAUUGAUAAUGCGAAGAAAACUGGAACCGGUGGAAUGGGAAUGUUAACUGAAGUUGAUAAUAUGGUAUUAGAAAUAAUUGGGAAAGAGUCUCCUGUAAUUUGUGGACUAGGAGUAGCUGAGUCGUUCGAAAAACAUCAGAAACACUCAUGUGAAACAAUCCCAGAGGAUGACUCUGAAGGUAUUGUCAACAAAAGCCGACCAAUCAGUGAACACGUGACCUCAUCUACUUCAAAAGAAACCUAUGAAUACGUGUAUAUAUGUAGAAAUUCUUCCGUAAUUACUGGUGCCGUACGGGUAGAUACAAGUUGA